AUGGCCUCACCAAAUUCCCUGUCUUCAGCGUAUCAUAGCGGCCUCUAUCAACAAUCAUCUCGGCCCAUGACCCGAUCCGCGGUUUCACAUUCGGGUUCCAGACGGUCGUCUCCGGCGCUCCACGCCGACCCCAAAACAACGUUACCACGAAACUAUGCCGGCGGUGACAGCUCCGAUGAAGAGGUUCCCGAACCCAAGUUCAGCGCGUCUGUGAAGGCUCUUUUGGAUGGAGAUGGAUUGGCUUCUUCGCCGAGUCGUCGAGCCGCUUCGUACGAGCGACGAUCAGCCGCCAGUGCAAGGCAACACAGUCAAUCGCCACGGAACGCCUCACCCCAUGAUCGCUCCGACGGAAGCCCUGCCCCAAGAGUUGUGCGCAUCGGCGCGAUCUCCUCUGCCUCGCGAUUCUCGCGCGAAGGCUCUCCACUAUCAAACAGCCAUAGUGCCGAGUCCGAGGCCCAAGACCGUCCCAAUGAUUUCAUUACUCCUGCUUCUCGACCUCGAAGUGUUAGGAUCAAUGCUUCGCGCAGCGGUACGCGCUCCCCAACUUCCGUCUCACCAUCUGUGAAACGCUCUACAGAGCGUCACUCGGGCGAUGAAUUUAGAAGCGCCGAUCGGUCUAAUAGUGAUCGAAAGUCGCCACUUGAUGAUGACCCGAUAUCUCGAGUCGGAUCAUCCUCUGUGCUGCGUGGUCGCAACGCGGACGAGGUUGGUCCCCAGAGUUCUCUGCGAGUGAAACGAGUUGGACGACUAACUGGUUCAUUUUUGAAUGGACCUGCCCGCCGAGGCGUUUUGCGCCGGCAAAGUGAAGAGAACAAUGAAGGAAAUUACCCAUUGAAUGAAGAUGCUCGAGAGCAUGAAGAUUAUGAUCAUGCUGAAUAUCAGUCCCGGAAAGCAUCGUCACCCAAGGUCUCAUGGGCUGAUCCUAGUCCACCACAUGAAAGCGAGCACCGUCGCACAGAACAGCCAGCAAGCAUGGCAACAGGCGAGGGUCUCUUCUCAAGAUCAUCGUCGCCCAAAUCUUAUGGGUCUCAAUCAAAGUCGACACCGGGAUCCUCAGACAACUCUGCAAGGUCGUCCGGCGCAAGGGAACAGCCCGCAUUCAAGGUUCCUUCUUUACCACCCCUACCAUCUGUCAGGGAUCAAGAAAACGAACCACCGCCCACUUUCAAACGGUCAAAACCCCAGGGUUUGAACCUGUUGGACAAGCCUGAGAAGUUGUUGGUCGCGUACGAUACCGAUAAGAAAGAUGCGGCGGAGACACCGGCAGGAAAUUCACCACCAAAUGGCGGUGCAUCUCAAUCCCGAAAGAAACGAACCCAAGUUUCCAUCAACCACAAGCAUUUUACUCGACUCGACUGUAUUGGGCGUGGUGGUAGCUCUCGUGUGUAUCGUGUGAUGGCCGAGAACUAUAAGAUCUUCGCGCUCAAGCGUGUGAAUUUGGAAGAUGUCGACCCAGUUACAUUAACUGGAUACAAAGGCGAGAUUGAUUUAUUGAAAAAGCUCGAGAAUGUUGACCGUGUUGUGCGACUGUUUGAUUGGGAGCUCAACAUGGACAAGCAUUGUCUUAGUGUGCUGAUGGAGAUUGGUGAAUCCGAUCUGGAGAAAAUCCUUGUAUAUCGACUCAACGCCGAAGACGCGGUUCUUGACAUUAACUUUACUCGCUUCUACUGGAAAGAGAUGCUUGAGUGUGUCCAAGCCGUCCACGACUACAACAUCGUCCAUUCGGAUUUGAAACCGGCCAACUUCCUCAUGGUCCAAGGACGGUUGAAACUAAUCGAUUUCGGUAUUGCCAACGCCAUUCAAGACCAUACUGUGAAUGUCCACCGAGAACAACAAGUUGGCACCCCGAAUUACAUGUCUCCCGAAGCCAUGAUCGACUCAAAUGCAUCACUCGGACUGCCGGCAAGCGUUGGCAAAGUUAUGAAACUGGGUAAGCCCAGCGAUGUGUGGAGUUUGGGCUGCAUUCUGUACAAGAUGGUGUAUGGACAGCCCCCAUUCGCCAAAAUUGCUAAAUACUACGAACGCAUUAUGGCCAUUCCAAACCCUCGCGUCAAGAUCGACUUCCCAGCCCAUGGUGUUGGCGGUGUUCCUGUUCCUCCGGGACUGAUCAAGACCCUUAAACGCUGCCUGCAGCGUGACCAGACCCUCCGGCCUACCAUCGAAGAAAUGCUCGGCCCCCGUGACCCCUUCCUGCACCCGGACGCCCAGCUUGAAGGAGCCGUGCCUGUCACUCAGGACAUGCUUGGACGUAUCCUGGCCAACGUUAUCAAUCACUGCAAAGUCCGAGGCAUUCCUAAGGAAGAAGAGCUUGCCGCAUGGCCUGCAGGUUUCUUCGCCAAAAUCAAAUCAGCCCUAGAGGAAGAAAAUUCCUGA